AUGGCGAAAAUAUUUGAUGCUGCCGAACUGGCGAAACACAACAAACCAGAUGACUGCUGGGUAUGUCUCUACGGCGAUGUCUGGGACGUGACGGAAUUCCUGCCCAGCCAUCCCGGAGGUUCUUCAAUCAUAUUAAAACUGGCCGGCCGUGACGCAACAGAAGAAUACGAUCCUAUCCAUCCUCAAGGGACAUUAGAAUCGAAUCUGAAGCCGGAAGCCAAGCUGGGGAAGAUUGAUCCGGACACACUACCGAAGCCCGAAGCAGACAAUGCCCAGAAGGAUCAAGACGAGGAGGGCCCGCCGGAGAUGCGGAGUCUAUUGAAUCUGGAUGAGAUUGAGGAGGUUGCCACAAAGCAGAUCUCGAAGAAGUGCUGGGCAUACUAUUAUUCAGCGGGCGAUGAUCUCAUCUCGAAGAGGCUCAACAAUGAGGUUUAUAAACAGAUUCUAUUGCGGCCACGCGUGUUUGUCGAUUGUACGAAGUGCGAUCUGACCACGAGUUUAGUGGGACACAAUGUUGGGAUGCCAUUAUUUGUAGCCCCUGCUGCAAUGGCGAGGCUGGCACAUCCUGAUGGAGAACUUGGAAUCGCGCAGGGCAUCAGCCAAUUCGGAGCCAUGCAAAUUAUCUCUAAUAACGCAUCUAUGACCCCGGAGCAAAUAGUGGAGGGAUCCUUGCCCGGUCAGAUAUUUGGAUGGCAGUUAUAUGUGCAGAACGAGAGAAAGAAGAGUGAAGAUAUGCUGGUCCGAAUCAACAACAUGCCUGAUAAAUACAAGUUUAUUUGCUUAACUCUAGACGCACCGGUCCCUGGGAAGAGAGAGCAUGAUGAGAAAUCUCAAGAUUUAGGUGCUAAACUACCUGUCACGUCAGCGGUGAAGAGUGGCGAGUCUCGACCGGGCGGCGGUGGAGUUGGCCAGCAAUUGUUCUGGGGGACAGCUGCUGAUUUGACGUGGAAGAACACGCUCCCUUGGCUAGCCAAACACACUUCGUUACCCAUCGUCUUGAAGGGUAUUCAGACGCAUGAGGAUGCCUAUUUGGCCGCGCAGUAUGCUCCCCAAGUCAAGGCGAUCAUCUUAUCAAACCAUGGAGGUCGCGCUCUUGAUACUGCCCCGCCUGCUAUUCAUACCUUGCUAGAGAUCAGGAAAUAUUGCCCCGAGGUUCUCAGCCUAGUUGAGGUCUGGGUUGAUGGUGGCAUUAAAAGAGGCACUGAUGUCGUCAAGGCAUUAUGCUUAGGUGCUAAGGCUGUAGGUGUCGGGCGUGCUGCAUUGUUCGGGCUAGGAGCUGGCGGUACAGAGGGCGUCAACAGGACCUUUGAAAUUCUGGAAGCAGAAAUGAAGACUUGCAUGAGACUUCUCGGUGUGGAGAAAGUCAGCGACCUACGCCCGAAACAUAUUAAUUCUCGUGCUGUGGAGCGUGAUAUUUAUGAUGGCGAAGCCGGGCUAGAGAAGCUCGGUCUCUGGGUGAAGGCCCGCUUAUAA